AAAAUAUAUCUACCAUAAUUUCAGGUAACAGAAAAUAAACAACUUAAAGAGAUAAAAAAUGCAAACAGGAAUGAUGAAACAAUGCAAACAGGACAGGUUUAUGUUAAAGAUAAAACAUUUUUUAAACGUCAAUUGAACUAAUUAAUUUAAACUAUAAUUAAAAUUUAAAUUCUAUCUGUUCCUCCAAUGUUUGACAACACUUUAUGAAAGAAUUUUAAAUGCUUUUCAAUGUGUUAAUUACUGGAUUAACUACUUUAUUAACAGCUAAUACAAGAAAACAUCGAAAGUACAAUCAGCCAUACUCAAGCAGUUGAUUGUAUUCGCCAAAAUAAGGAAAUAAUCACGCAUUAUGAAAAAGCAGGGAGUAUGGUUCGUCGUAAAGUUAAGUGUCCUAAAUGUGGAGAGUCAGUUGUUAAUUUAAAAAGACAUUUGACUUCAAGAAAACAUAAUUGGGACAAACUUAAAGCAUCAAAUGCACGAUUAAACUUCGGACUUAACUUAAAACGAAAAAUUAUUUCACCCUCAAAAAGGCAUUCUAAAGUGCAAAAAUAUAAAAAAAAAAUAUGUCCGAUGAAUUUUUGUACAAAAGAAGUUCAAAGACUUGGAAACCAUUUAAGACAAUUCCAUAAACUUUCAAAUGAUGAUGUGAAAAUUAUGGUAGCUAAAGCUGUUAAUGUCUAUGAAAAAUCAAGCAGCGAAUCCGAGUUUGAAGAUCACCCAGAAGCAUUGGAUUCAAAGAUUCCAAGUCUUGAACCUUAUUUUGAUAGAGAGGUGUUUAAACAAGGUGAACAUUUUUUAAGUUCAUCAACAGAAAGUGAUGAAGAUUGGUUGGCUUCACAAUAUAUUGCCACUAGGUUUAAUGGAAGAGAUAAUUCAAAAUGCAGUGAAAAUACUAGUAGUGAUACUUGUUAUUCUAUGUCUGACGAUUCAAUUGAAUCUGCUGAUUUUGAAGAUUUACCUGACAAAUUUUACAUGACAUCUUGUUCAGAAGAUCAGCUUAUGAAUGAUUUUGUCGAGUGGCUUAUUAGUAUUGAUGGGGGUCGCAAACCGAAAAGAAGUGCCUUAAAACACAAAGGUAUCAUACUGGGCAUUGUCAGGCAUGCAGGCGAUUAUGAUAUUAAUUAUAACAAUCUUAGUUGCCAUUCAUUUUUAAAUUCAUGGAUGGUUAAGCUUAAUAAAGAAAAUAAAAAACCUGGGACAAUAAAAACAUAUCUUAGCUCGAUAAAACAUUUUUUAGAUUUUUGUAUCAUUAAGGAACAAACAGAUAUCAUUACAAUUGAAAAACAUACAAAAAUUAAAACACAGAUAUCAAAAUGGUCAAAGACCUUAUGGAAGUCUAUUCAAGAACGCCAGCAUGAAAAAGAUAGAAAUGAUUUUGACAAUUUUCCAACUCCUGAAGAAAUUGCUAUUUUAGAUAAGUCAGACCUUGUUUGUGAAGCUAACAAAAUUAUUAGUACAAGCAAUAUUAAUAAAGUUACAAAAACUACAUUUUGUUUAGCCAGGGAUUACCUUAUUACUUAUAUUAUAUGUGACAACGCCUCUCGUCCUGGUGCAAUAAGCAACAUGACCUUGAGUGAAUUUAAAAAAGCCUUGGAAAAGAAAGAAGGUUUUAUUGUUAGUGUAGUUAAACAUAAAACUAGCUAUAAAGGGCCAGCUAAUAUAGUGCUAAGUCAUUCUUUAUAUUCAAAAGUUAACAAGUACAUUAAUUUUAUGCGCAAUAUGCUUUUUGGAGUAUCGAAAACUGACGAUUCUCAUGUAUUUUUAUGUUGGAAUGGUAGUUCCAUUUCUUCAUCGAUGCUAUCUGCCCAAUUUACGUCUUUUUUGCAUAAGGGUACUGGUAAAUCUAGUAUUACUCCAACAAUUUUUAGAAAAUUCACCACAACAUUGGUUCAUGACAAGCAUCCAGAGUUAAAACAAAAUACUGCACAUUUGCUAUGCCAUGAUUUAAGAACAGCUGAACGAUCAUAUGAUAAAAUUGAUAAGAGAAAUAAAGCUGCAGAAACAAGUAAGAAGCUUCGAGAAAUUGUGAGAGAAACAGAAUUAUCAGAAGAUCAAGGAACUUCAUUGAGCUCAAUUUUUGAGUCAGAAAUUAGUAUGGGCAGAGUAACAUUAUCCGAUGUUAGAAACAAAUUUAAUCAGUACUCACUUGGUGAUGUAUCAGAUUCAAAAAAGGUAAAAAAAGUUUUAGAUAAUGUUCGUUAUCUUGUUAAAAAAAAACAAGUCUCUGAAGAUGAUUCAGAUUUUCUUUGCUCAGAUUUUGAAUUUUAUAAUAAAAAAGAUGGUAGCCUUCAAUCUUAUGAAGAGAGCAACAUCAUUGCAGGUUCUUCUACUUCAUCAUUAAAUUUAAUAAAACGUAAUCGGAAGGAGUUUAGUCAAGCUGAUUUAAUAUUAGUUCAUACAUAUUUAAAGGAAUUUAUUCUUUCAAAAAAGCCAUUAAUUAAAAAUGAUGUAAAAGCACAUUUGGAGUCAGUGCCUGAGUGCAAACAGUUGUUAGAAAAAUUUGGUGUGAAAUCUUUAUUAGUUAAAAUUCGCACUGAAAAAGGAAAACUUUAAUAUAUUCAUAAUAUAUUCAAUUCCUAAUUUUCUUUUGUCGUUUUUAGGGUUAAAAUAACAUAUAUAUAAA